AUGGACACAUCAAGAGUCUACAGCAAUGUGAAGACAUUUAGGUCUCCAGCGUAUAAGCAAGCAUCAUCUCCAUCUCUCCCCCCAGAUGCAUGUCAGUGCCCACACUGGCAUCAUUUGGCUCUGAAAUUUGGCUGUGCUGGGCUAAUCCUUCUUCUCUUGAGCCUGAUUGGACUCAGUGUCUUAGUGAGAUUCCUGGUGCAAAAACCACCAAUAUGCAGUGUGGCUGCUCAAGAGAACAGGACUGGACUAACAGGAAGAUCAGCCACACUAAAUCGCUGGAGAGUCUGGCAUCCAUAUCAUGAUAAACACUUACUUAUUUCUCAAACUUCUAGACCUUGUGCUAAAGGGCUAGCUGAUUGCUCUAUGAGAGGAACCACUUUGCUGCUCAUUCAAGAUGAAGAAGAAUUGGUAAAAUUGAAAAACUUCUCAAUGGGAAAUGAACAGUUAUUUUCUAUUGGACUCAAUUAUAUACAAGAGAAAAAGAUCUGGAAAUGGGUAAAUGGCUCUAUUUUAAAUCCUGACCUGAAAGUUUUAAAUAAGCUAAUUGGAUUAUUCAAUUCCCAUCUAUUUUAA